AUGGAAGAAACAGUAGUGGGUCAAAGAAGAAGAGAAAAAGGGAAGGUGGGGUUUCGAUCAGCUGUACAACAGGAGCAGAGGAAGGGUAGAGAGAGAGAUUCAGAAGAAAAUGGAAAUGAAUUACGGGACGAAGAGAGAGAAAGAGAGCGUGUGAAAGGAAAAAAAAAAAAGGAAAAUGAAAUCGAAAAGGCAUCAAACACGGCAGACGCAAGCGGUGGAGAUGGCGGCCCUGGGCUCGGCGAAUGGCUCAUUCACGGCUGUGUGGAUCUCCUCGUAGUGAGAGGCUCGUCUACGGCGAUUGUUUUUGGUGCGCCGCCAUCCGCGGUGGUUUGCUGGUCGCGUGAUUCGGCGCUAGAAUCGGAAAAUCACCGGAGAAGGACUCGGCGGCUGAAGUUUCCAGUGUCAGAUAGCGAUCGGACGGGGCGGUUGCGGGUGGCUUGGUGCUUGCACGCGGCGGAUCUUGACCAAGGUUCCGGUUGCUCGUGCUCGUCGACGAUGGUUGUCCUUGGAUGGUUGGGUGGUGAUGCGAUGUUUCGCGGCUGGGAGCGGCUAGGGGUCGCCGGCGAUUGGAAUUCGGCUGUGGCUGCCUGCGUUUACGGGGUGCAGUGGCUGGCUGUCGGGUGCGACUGUUCCGGUGGUGGAAGGACUGACCACGGAUGGCUCUCAAUGGCGGUUUACGCGUCUCUCGGCGGGGUGUCGUUCGAACGUGGGGCUGCUGCCGGUGGUCUCGGUUUAUGUCCUUUGGGCUGA